GACCCUUCAUAGCGGUCAUGGAAGGUUUUGCCUGGCUGUCUUCAAGUUUUUCCCUCCCUGCAGACAUUAAACAGCGCUCCCAAGAUGGAAACAGCCUUAGUUUACGACGAGGAGAUGACUCGCUACAAACUGCUGUGGUUAGAUCCAGAUUGUGAAAUUGAGAGACCCGAGCGUCUGACAGCGAGUCACGAAGCGUUGGUCAGGAGCGGCCUGGCUGCUCGAUGUGUCUCUAUCCCUGUCCGGCAGGCCACGGACGCCGACAUUCUCCUGAUUCACAGCGAGGAGUACCUGGAGGCAGUGAAGAAGACCCCAUACAUGACUCUGGAAGACCUGAGAGAGUUCACCUUGCAAUAUGGAGCCGUCUACUUCCACCCAAACAGCUAUCACUGUGCGACGCUGGCAGUGGGAGCCGCACUGCAGCUGGUCGACGGCGUGAUGACCGGGAGGGUGAGAAACGGCAUAGCUCUAGUCAGACCCCCAGGGCACCACAGCAUGCGCAGUGCAGCCAGUGGUUUCUGCGUGUUCAACAACGUGGCCAUAGCAGCCAAAUAUGCCCAGCAAAAGUAUGGCAUUCAAAGAGUGCUGAUAGUUGACUGGGACAUACAUCAUGGUCAAGGAGUGCAGUAUGCCUUUGAGGACGACCCAAGCGUGCUUUAUUUAUCUUGGCACCGUUACGAACAUCAGAAAUUCUGGCCUGAGCUCAGAGAAUCAGACUAUGACAGUGUUGGCAAGGACAAAGGUGCUGGCUUCAAUAUAAAUGUACCUUGGAACAAGGUCGGCAUGCAGAAUGGUGACUAUCUUGCCGUCUUCUGUCACGUCCUUCUGCCAGUCGCCUACGAGUUUUGCCCAGACUUGGUGUUGGUGUGUGCAGGCUUUGACUCUGCCAUCGGUGACCCAGAGGGUGAAAUGUGUGCCACCCCUGAAAUCUUUGCCCACCUCACCCACCUGCUGAUGAACCUCGCUGGGGGGAAACUAUGUGCAGUGCUGGAGCAUCCUGCAAACAUUUUCCAGGGAGGAUACAACUUGACUUCACUCAGCCAGUCCGUGUGUGUCACAGUUCAAACUCUGCUCGGAUAUCCAGCGCCCCGGCCCGCUGACCUGCAAGGCCCCUGUCAGAGCGCACUCGAGUCCAUUCAGUGUGUUCGCGCAGCUCAUCGGAAGUACUGGUCCUGCUUCAAACAUGCAGCUGAAGCACCCCCCUCAGACAUCAGCACGAAGCGCAUCAAGCUGGAAGAAAAAGGAAGAGAAGAAAAGCUGCAAAGGGGAGAAGGAGUUGAAAGCAAAGACGGCGUAACGUGGCCGGAGCCUCAGAAGUGUGUCCCGCCUCCAGUACGCACCGCGGUGGUAAUCCCCGAGGACGUAGCUUCUCCCGAAGGAUGCAAACGCUUCAGCUUGUCCGAGCAUGCCGACUCACUCUCAGCCGAAGAGGACUUUGAUGAUGAUGCUGUUAUGUCCAGUCUAACUGCACUUGUCGGGAAAAUGGAGAAUAACGAGAUCUGCAAUGGAUUGGCCUUGGUAGGUGACAUCUCCAUGGCGAUGGCGCCCGUCAUCCGGCACGCAACUGCUCUCAAACAGCGUGUUUUGGUUGUAUGUGUUGGAGGCACUGGAGUCCUGAGUCACCUGCCAGAAGAUGGCACAGCUCUUGCGGUGCACGUCAGCAAGGAAGCGCCGGAGGAGCCCCAGCUCAAACACUACAUACCUGUGCGUCUGAAGAAUGGCUGCGGACACACGUCGGGGUUGGCGCAGGCCACAUUCGGCCUCCUCCUACCUCUCGCCUACGAGUACGACCCCGCUCUGGUGCUGCUGGCGCGAAUGCCGGGCACAGACGGUGCCAGCGACUGUGCGUGGCAGCAGUUGGUCGGCCUGCUGCAGGGCUUGGCUCGGGGUCGCAUGCUUGUUCUCAUACAGAGAGAUGACAAGGCUUUGGUCAGCCCAACGUCGGCCUCCCUGUCUGGGAGUCCCUUGCCCUGUCUGGGGCGACUUCCUGCUCCACUAGCGGAAGAUGUUGAGGCACUGGAGCGAUUGAGACGCCGACUUCAAGUCGACUGGCUGCUGCUGCGGACCUCAGCACAAAAAAGUGGAGGCGAGGACAACUGAAGCUUCAAUAUGAAUGUCCCGUCCAUUCAUUUUCAUCCCACACAAGCACAAAGGGAACAUACAAACGCCAACCCUGAACUGUUCGCCGGCCAACUUAUCGAGGAAGGCACUUAUAGACAAACAACCAUUCACACUCACAUUCACACUAAUGGAAAAUCUUUCUUCACUCUUCCCAACAUGCACGUUUUUGUAAUAAACUUCAAAAUCCUACGA